UAUCGAAAAAAACCGAAAUACGACAAAUAGUCGUGGAGACGACAAAAAUGGCUGACUAUGAUGAAAUGCGGCCCGCUAAGAGGGUCAAACUCGCGGAUGAAAACAACCUGGAAGACAACAGUAUUCAAAGUUUUCGUGGUUUUCAGUUCAUCAAGGUCCUGAACGAAAAUGCCAGAGAUAAAACUGUCGCUGUUCAUGGGAAGUUUGGAGACUCAGAAUCUGAUGCUGUCGUUCUUUUGGAGAAAACACCUUUUUCAGAGGAUACCUUACCACAAGUGUUGUCUACAGAAACCAGUGUUGAGGUGGAAUUUAACAAUGAUAUCUACAACCAGUGUACAUGUCAGCCACAAUCUCGUUUCAAUACAUUGAAGGGAACAAUAAUCUACCCAGCUUCGGCUAAACAUCUUGAAAAAUUUUCAGCCCAGAAUUUACACUUUGUUCAAGAAACUCCAGAAGUUUACAAAUCGAUUACUCUACCAUUUAUUGAUGAAAAAUCGUUUAGUAUUCAGUGGGUGUACAACAUUCUAGAAAAGAAAGCCGAAGUGGAACGUGUUGUGUUUGAAGACAAUGACCCAGCUACUGGCUUCACUUUGUUGCCAGAUCUGAAGUGGGAUCAGAAACAGAUUGAAAACUUGUACCUUGUGGCUAUUAGCCACAGACGAGGGAUUAAGUCACUCAGAGAUCUAGACAGCUCCCAUCUGCCACUGUUGAAGAAUAUAUUGUCGAAAGGACAGGAAGCGAUACGGAACAAGUAUGGUGUUGCUGGGGAUGAACUUCAGGUUUAUGUUCACUACCAGCCUUCAUAUUAUCAUUUUCAUGUACAUUUUACUCACAUCAAAUACAGUGCUCCUGGCUGCAGUCUUGGAAAAGCUCAUCUUCUCCAUGAUGUGAUCGACAACAUAGAGAACAUUGACUCAAAUUAUUACUCUAAGAGGACAUUGUUAUGUUUGUUCAAAGAAAAUGAUAAACUUUUUCAAAGGAUUCAGCGAGCAAAUUAUGAUAAAAACCCAGCGGGUGGUAAGGUUGAUGAGGACAAAUAACCUUAGAUGUGACCUGUUAGAACUUGUUUCAACUGAUAUGUGAUAACUUGGUCUGGGAAGGCUGGCCUGAAACAGCUGAAGCUAAAGUGAACUGUAGGAUGUUUUGUUAUGGUCUCUCUCUGCAUUUUCCAGAGGAAAAUAUGAUUAAUCCUAGUUGCAGUACUAGUGCUAAGAUAUCAAAGCAUGCUUUAGUGGUCUUUCUGCCAAUACUGCAGUAUAAUCCGUAUGAGAAACAAUUUGUUAUAGUGCACCAAUGAACAGGUUGGACAAACAAAAACCAGUUUGAUCAUGCCAUAUGGUUGAGUUUUCAUGUAGACAUGUACUGCCUUUUUUUACUUAUGAAUUGUUUUAUCAAAGCAGCUUUCAGUUGGAGCAGCCCUACCAACAAUGAUCACAUUAUGCUCACCUUUCACAUCAAAAUUUUCUUAAUCUUUAGAUUGCAAACAGGGGUACCCAUGCUAAAUGGCAAAGUAAUAUAAAAACUCUCAAGCUUGAAGCCAUAAAGAGUUUUAUUUAUCCAUUUAGAGAUUUAUUUAUUCAACUAUUUAUUUGUUCACUAAUAAGAUUGACUGCUUAUCUAAGGCAAAGGCAUGUAACCCUCAGUAGUGUUGUGUAUGAAUUUUCUUGAGCGGUUGGUGUGCGAGUAAUGGACCGCUCCGCUUCAGGAAAAAGGGGAGAGAAAAGUAAGGUUGCUCACAUCUUUUGGGAGAAAUCCUGUCUCGGUCAUCAAGUUCAUUAAUUGGCUUUCUCAUUAACACGCCUGUUGUUGUUUUCUAAACAAGUAGGGCAGUUCUGAGGAAGGAACAUUUCUGCUCAAUUACAUAAGCUCAGGACCGCUCAAGGGAACACGACCCUAGAGGAAAACGCGGUAGAAAAGCCUGAGACUGGGUAGAAGAGAAAUGGGGUGGUGGCUAACAUUACUAUGGUUCCAGCCACUUGUGCCGUUCAAACUGUAAUUUCUGAUUCAGAAGUGGUGGGAGGGGGAGGGGGAGGGGGAAUUCCUCUUUUGACAAACUUAUCCACCUUGCAUAUCAAUUACAAAAGGUCCUCAAGGUCUACUCAGCACAGCAUUUAAGUUCCGGUUCGUGUUAGGUCUAUGGUUUAAGGUAGGUAACACGCAUUUGUAAACCGUGCAAUCAUGAAUUUUCUCGGUAACAAACGAACAUUUAUUUCCAGGGUGAUGGUGAAGUGAAUCCAUCUAUUACACCGUUACGUCUUUGAAAGCUUUUUUUUUUGGCCCUUAAGACUUUGAGCAGUCCCUGCCUUUCGACGAAGUCUAUCGCGCGCAUCAAAAAAGAAAAAAAAAGUGAAAAACAUUGAGGUAAGCGCGCUGCGUCUCACUCCUUGAUUUCCGUGCGGCGCGCUAAGAUCAAUUUCUUUCACUGUUUUUUUUGUUUGUUUGUUUGUUUCCUUUGACUCGCGCGACGGGCUUCGCCAAAAAGGAGGGACUACUCGUAGUCUGGAGACCUCAUAAAUCAGCGGUUCAGGAACCACUGAUGCAUAAUGGAUGCCAUGGUAUCAAAACGAUACCGCCAAAUUAACAACAGGAAGGUACAGAACAAAGUUCAGAGUUAAGACAACUUUAAGACCAUCCAUCUCAUAAUUCUGCGUCGUGUAAUGCAUGGCGACCAUAAAAUUUAUAUACAAAAUGGUUACAAUUAUGAUUUUUAUCGAUUACCGACGCGAGCGACCAUUCAGUGUCCUUAAAUAAAAACUUGUAAAAGUACAAACGUAUGAGUAAUUAUGGCAACGCGCCACCAUGUUCAACAGCCUGUUUUAACAACAGGAAUACCAGCUUCCUUUGCCAAACGCGUUUUUUCAACACAACUCUAACAUAACGAAAUAUGAAACGAAUUAGCAAAGUUGCUUCCUAUUUUGGGAUGUUGCUGAUUAGGUUAAGUUGUAAAGCAAACAUUGCUAGACUACAAGUUGUCUCUCCUAUCCGGCGAAAUCCGCCGCGCGGGUUAAAAAAAAUCAGUGAAAAAAAAAAAAAAAA